AUGCUUUUAUCCCGACCAAAGUCUACAAUGCAAAUGGCUAUAGUGCGGUCAUUAUUACGAGGGGAGGCUGUUGACGAUGAUUCAUUUGAAAGCUCACGCGAUAGACGCAGGAAUCUGCCGCGUACAUCGAAAAGGACACAGAAUAUGAACCGAAAGGAAUGCUGUCCGUCAGUUUCGGAGAAAAUCGCUCCGCUUGGAGGAAUCUCUCGCCGAGGGAAACUGCUGCAGUUGUUUCGUGACGAAGACACCGUACAGAGGUUCUACCAGUCCCGUUGUUCGUCGGGCGUCGCAAAUAGACCGUGCCAGUACAUCGAUAGGGAGUAUACAUCGAAAUGUGUCCAACUCGCAUCAAUAUUUAUAUUUGACCAAAAGGCUAAUAUGAAGGGGAUUAUUUUAACAGUUGGUUCUUUGAAAGAAAUGAUGUUUAUCUCUCCUUCUCAAUUUCUUUCUUUCUUUCUUUCUUUCUUUCUUUCUUUCUUUCUUUCCAGAUCUAUCUAUCUAUCUAUCUAUCUAUCUAUCUAUCUAUUAGUUUCUAUCUGUCUAUUCACCAACCUCUAUCUGUUCAUUAUCUAUCUAUCUAUCUAUCUAUCUAUCUAUCUAUCUAUCUUUCUGAUUAGAAUUUCUUACUCAGACUUUAAAGAGUUGAUUCUUUCUUCUGUCCUUCAUUCCUUUCUACCCGUUCUAUUCAACCAACGUCCAUAG